AUGGUGUUUGGGAAAUCGUAUCACCUCCCAGCUGAAUUAGAGCAUAAAGCAUACUGGGCGAUCAAAAAGUUAAAUCUGGAUGCUGAGUUAGCUGGUAAGAAAAGGAUAACGCAGCUGCAUGAGUUAGAAGAGUUUAGGCUUCACGCAUAUGAGAAUGCCAAACUUUACAAAGAGAAGACCAAGAGGUGGCAUGACAAGCAUAUUGUGUCACGCACCUUUGAGCCUGGUCAAUUAGUGCUGCUAUUUAAUUCACGAUUGAAGUUGUUCUCCGGAAAGCUUCGAUCUAAGUGGAGUGGUCCGUUUGAAGUUGUGAGGAUGACCCAACAUGGUGCGGUGUAG